AACUUCGGUUUUUUUCAACCUGGGCCCUGUUUUCAUAAUUUUUUCUGUAUAUGUGAGUGCUGGAUAAAACAUUUUUUGAGGUCGCGCCAGUAUUGAGCAGGGCAGGCAGCCUCCAGCCCAGCUAACGCUCGUACACAGGGCAACUGGCUCUCGUCAAAAUUCGGCCUAUAAACAUGCAUUUUUUUCACACUGACAGGCUCAGAUAGUUACAAUGAGUGUCCGACAACAUACUAGAAAGGAGAAAUUAACGUAUGUCUCUACCUUUAGCUGGAGAUCGCUGUUUGUUGUGAGCUGUGUCCAAAUCUCACCACGCUACAAAUCUCGUUCCGAAAUCUCGCGAUAACUCGCGACAAAACACCGGUGGAAAAACAGUUACCUGACUGAGGUGAAGAGAGAUGACUGAAGUGAUUUUCUGUUGGAUUACCGAAGACUGUUAUUUUAGUUUUAUAGAAAAGUUUGUUUGUUUGUCUGUCAUGGCUGAAUUUUUGCCUGAUGUGGACGACGUGGAUGAAAUUGCAUUUGAUUUUGAUGGCCGGCCGUAUCUAUUUGAGCCGGAGUACACAGAUGAAGAGCUUCAAGAAAUUGAAGAACGGACGAGGAGAGACGGAGUUGGGCAACAGGCAGAGGGCACGGAACCAGCUGCUGCAAGGCUGCGAAACACUGGAAACUGGUGGUGUUCCUGUGGGUGCUGUGUACCUUUGCCUACAGAGGAGGAAUGCCUCUGUUGCAGGGAAUGGGACCUUUUGCAGCCAGCUGUGUUUGGGGAUUACCCAGUGGACGGUACACAACGCUGUGUAACGUCAUCAGAGGAUUUCCCCUCCUUGAUCAACAGGGCAGUGCUAGAGACCUUCUUCCAUGUUCCCAAAAUCAACUGGAAGAGGCGGCCAAGACCACAGGGAGAAAACGGCCAGCUGUCUAUUGACCAAUGCAGACUAGUGGCUUACCGUGUGGUGCUGGAGUGGGCGCUCAGAGGAGAGCGUCUAGGUCGUGGCAAUAGGAGAGUGUUGCCUAGAUGUAUAGUUAUGGCUAUAAGAAGCAAGUACCCCUCUCCCACCGGCACUUACACUGGCUUCAACGAGGCAGAGGACAUCUUCAAUAUACUGUAAAUAUUUCUGUACACGUACAUAUCACUGUAAGAUUCAAUCUUUUACAAUAAAGUAAUAACAAUAGCACAGCUGUGUUUCUAUCUCUUUAUUUUAAACCACAAACCAACACCCCCA